CAAUGGAUACUGAUUUGGCUUUUUUCCCGGUCUUGUAGACUGCACAGAGGUAUCAAGCAAUGAGUAUAAACUGGUUAUCGAACAAAAAAAAAAAAAAAAAAGAGUAUGAACCUUCAAAGCAACACAUACUGUAUGCUGUAGGAGUUACCCAAGGGAAUGUUUUGGCUUUUAUGGUGUUCUCCUUGGAUGAUCGUAGUUCAAUGUUUGAAACCCUUGGAGACAAUCUGGAAGCUCCUGCGCCACCUUUUACUAGGUACCAAUUAAUCAGAGUAAAUGCCAACGGAAUCAACGAAGGAUACAAGUGGGUGGAGAUGUUUGCGCUGAGUGACUAUCUGAUCAGAUGUGGCUUGUUUCAGAGGACAACGGUAGUGGUACAUAUCAAAGAAGUCAGACAUCCCUGUUUCAAAGAGACCCCAUUUGUUUUAAUCUUGAACAAGUAUGAUCUGUUUGAGAAGGUUGCUCGUGUACCAUUGGAAUCUUGCGAGUCGUUCACUGACUUCAGUCCCGUGCAGACUCACUAUAGUAACCUGUCGCUAGCAAACCAAGCUUAUUAUUAUGUUCCAAUGAUUCAUUUUACAGUACAACUAGUACAACUGAUGUUAGCUCUUCUCCAUUUAUCCGGCAGGAGUAAAAUAAUGUAG